CAGGAAGAACGAAUACUCGAAAGGAAGGGCCGUGAAAGGGACGUGGCUUCUGCAUGUACGGUACAUCAGAUAGCCGAUUUUCUUCGAACAGAGAUGUGAACAUGCUCUCUCGGGUUGUUGGGCUUUAAUGCAUCAGAGGCGGCCGUGCUGUCUGCGUCGCCUCGUUUUUGGAUCUUGUAUGAGGAAAUCAGAAAAAGAGGCAGAAUGCGGGACAUGCUGGAGAAAUUGCGCAAUGUCAGCGAAACCUUGGAAGAUGAGGACGUCCUGGAGUAUGACGAAAGCAAGCUGCCAGCAACUGAAGAGUCGAUCGUCUUCGAGACCUCUUUGGACAUUGAGAGCAUCCUGAAGGAAGCCGAGUCUAUACGCAAGGAGAUUUGCUUGCUCCUCUUGGAGGUGGAGCGCCUGAAGAAGAACAACGAGCGCUUUCGUACUACCGUCCGCCACCUCUCGUCCGUCAAGCGGGACUCGGAUGAAAUCGCCAGGGGGAUCCAGAAGCAAGGGCAACAACUGCACACUCGCAUCUUGGCACUGGCCGCCGAGAGCAAAAAGAUGGAGGAAAGGGCCGGGCCCAACUCCGCUUCGAGUCGCAUCUCUUGCAUACAGUUUAACUCGCUCAUCCUUGCCUUCCAAGCCGCCAUGGGGAGCUACAACCAGGCAGAAGAACUGCAGAGGUCCAUCUGUAGGGAACGAAUCCAGAGGCAAGCCUCCAUUUUGGGGACCAAAAUCACUGACCAGAAACUCGAUGAAAUUGUAGACAAAGGCUUCGAAGGCUGGAACGAGUUAUCUCAGAGUCUGCCAACGACGCAUGAGGGCCAUUCCUCUCGCUGGGCGAUGACCGAAAUCAAAGACCGACACAAGGAACUGGUGGCGCUGGAGGCCCGGCUCAGGGAGGUCCACGAACUGUUCCAAGAUGUGGCCGUGCUGACGGAAGAGCAGUGCUCCAUGCUGAACAAUAUCGAAGCCAACGUGUCGAAAACUCAGCAGUAUGUUCAACAAGUCAACGUGGAGAUUACCAAGGCCAUACAGUACAAGAAAAAAAAUCCCUUUUUGCAAUUCUGCCCGUGUCUACCCUGUUGGAGACAAUAAACAAAAAGCACAAGUGCCAAAUCCAAGUCCAGGAAGUGUAAGACUUGGCAUUGUUUUAGUGUCUGACUGUAUUUACUGUGCUAAUGUCAUUAAUUUAUUGCUUUACCUCUCUUUGUUUUUGUCUUGAUGUACAGCCAUAAAUAAAAUUGACUUAAAUCAAUUAA